AUGAGCUUCAAAGGCUUCCAAAAGAGCCUCACGCGGGUAAGCCGUGCCCCUCAUUUGGUUGCUGUGUUGGAUUUCCGACUUGCUUCUGGCGUGCGCAAGAACUCCAUCUUGCGCGCGACCGAGUACCUAGCUCCGCAACAACUCAAGCAGAAGUUCAACAUAGGCGAGCAUACCAAAGAUGCCGUCUACAUUGACGCCGAGCGUCGCUUCCAGGAACUAGAGACCGAGACCAAGAAACUUCACGAUGAAUCCAAAAAGUACUUCGAGUCCAUUAAUGGCAUGCUCUCUCACCAGAUCGAGUUCAGUCAGGCCAUGACCGAAGUCUACAAGCCCAUCUCAGGCCGUAUGUCUGACCCCGACUCGAUGAAGAUUGAGGGCAACCCUGAGGGCAUCCGCGCCUGCGAAGAAUACGAAGCUGUGGUCAAGGACCUGCAAGAAACGUUGGCGCCGGAGCUGGAAAUGAUAGAGUCUAGGAUUAUCCGUCCCGCUACCGAACUGCUCGACGUCAUCAAAGUGAUACGCAAGACCGCUGCCAAGCGCGAGCACAAGAGACUCGACUACGACCGACACCGCACAGCCCUCAAGAAGCUACAGGACAAGAAAGAUCGCACUGCCAAGGACGAGAAGGCAAUGUGGAAGGCAGAGGGAGACGUUGAGCAGGCGACACAGGAUUUCAACUACUUCAACGACCUCCUGAAGGAUGAGCUUCCUAAGCUGUUCCAGCUCGAGCGCGAGUUCAUCCAGCCUUUGUUCCAGUCCUUCUACUACAUGCAACUCAACAUCUUCUAUACACUACAUGAGAAGAUGCAAAACUGCGACAUUGGUUACUUUGACCUAACACUCGACAUUGAGGAUGCUUUCCACGAGAAACGAGGUGAUAUUCAAGAGCAGACAGAAGCUCUGUCCAUCUGCCGCUUCAAGACGACUGGACGCCCACGACCUGUGCGUUAUGGAAACAAGCCCGCGCUCGAAGGCCCCAAGCAGCCUGCUCUCCUCACACAGGGAGGUGAGGAUUCCAAGCCUUCCAGCAGUACCGUUACCAGUCCCAAGAUCGGUGGCUGGCAACGCCCAGCCUCGACCGCCAACGAUUCCGCCGCGCCUCCUCCCUACACCCCACCUACAGGAGCCAAUGCAGGCCUGGCUGCCAUUGCCGCUGGCAAGAAGAAGCCCCCACCUCCCAAGCCUAAGCCCAAGCCUAUGCGCUUGACAGCUCCAGGAGUCGAGACUGUUACAGCUCUGUACGACUACGCUGCGCAAGCCGAGGGUGACCUGAGUUUCCGAGCUGGCGAUGUUAUCGAGAUCCUCACAAGAACGCAGAACGAGAAUGAGUGGUGGACCGGACGACUGCAAGGCAAAGAGGGCCAGUUCCCAGGCAAUUAUGUUCAGCUCAACAGUUGA